AAACAAAGCAGACGGUGGGAAGGUGUACAAGAGCUGUAGUUGUUUGGGAAGACGUGUCACACUUCGAGUCAACGUUUUUCUAAUUAAUAACACAGUAUAUAAAAAUGUUAUGUGGCAAAUGUUGUCAGUCCACAGUUAGAAUAUGUGGGGCGUGUGGAAUAGCAUUGCACAGUUCGAAGAAAACAAUUUUCUUGUCGUCACUCAGGAACUUAACAGUAACUAAAAUAUUAAAAGACGCCAAACCAAGUACAGCAAGUGGUCGCAAAAAUCCUCUUUGGCGCAAACAUCAGUUCAGCAUCCAGAAGGGACCCGGCUUAAAGGAUUUUUUGCAAGGAGACCUGCCAAGUGAUGCACAUAGAGUAGCAAUUACGGAACUCCCAUACGUUGCCACAGAACAUUUCAGUGGACAUGGAAGGAAGGUAUACUUUGAUGUCUAUGGAUGCCAGAUGAAUGUGAAUGACACUGAAAUAAUUUGGUCAGUUCUAAAGGAUGUUGGAUUUACAAAAACAGAUAGUCUCACAGAUGCAGAUGUAGUCCUUGUAGUUACGUGUUCCAUCCGUGAAGGAGCUGAAACUAAGAUCUGGAAUAAAUUACAAUACCUAAAAGGUAUUAAUAAUACAAGAAUGAAAACGAAGGAGAAACCACCAAUGAAAAUAGGAAUACUAGGUUGUAUGGCAGAACGACUGAAGUUCAAACUUUUGGAGCGUGAACAGUGUGUUGAUAUCAUUGCCGGUCCAGACAGUUACCGUGACCUUCCAAGGUUAUUGGCAGUUACUGAUACUGGACAAGCUGCAGUGAAUGUGCUGCUGUCAUUAGAUGAAACAUAUGCAGAUAUAAUGCCAGUUCGCCUUAAUCAAGAUGCAGUAACAGCUUUUGUAUCUAUAAUGCGUGGCUGUGACAAUAUGUGUACUUACUGUAUUGUUCCUUUCACAAGAGGAAGAGAACGGUCACGGCCAGUGGAUUCCAUAUUGGCUGAAGUGCGACAGUUAUCAGAACAGGGUAUCAAAGAAGUGACCCUCCUGGGUCAGAAUGUGAACAGCUACCGUGAUAUGUCAGCAAUUGAUCAUUAUGGUGGUAUACCUGAUGAAGAAACACACCUUGCAAAGGGGUUUCGCACAGUCUACAAGAACAAGAGAGGAGGGCUCAGGUUUGCCGAUCUGCUGGACAAGAUUUCUCUCGUUAAUCCUGAAAUGAGAAUACGAUUUACUUCUCCACAUCCCAAGGAUUUUCCUGAUGAGGUUCUGCAAUUAAUUCACGAGCGACCAAACAUUUGUCGCAAUCUGCAUCUUCCUGCACAGAGUGGAAGCACGAAAGUUCUAGAACGCAUGCGACGUGGCUACUCUCGUGAAGCCUACCUUGAACUAGUGAAUCAUGUUCGUCAAAUGGUUCCAGGAGUUGCACUAUCCAGUGAUUUUAUUUGUGGCUUUUGUGGUGAGACAGAAGAAGAAUUUCAAGAAACUCUUGAUCUGAUCAAAAGAGUGAAAUACAAUACAGCUUUCCUGUUUCCAUACAGCAUGAGAGAGAAAACGACUGCUCAUCGAAGGUUUGAUGAUGACGUACCAUCAGAAGUAAAACAAAGACGACUGAUUGAAAUGGUUUCUGCAUUUCGUGAUGAGGUUUACAAAUUAAACCAAGAGAAAAUUGGACAAGUUGAGCUUGUUUUAGUGGAAGGUCCAAGUAAGAGGUCAGUGAAGAAUUUAGCUGGAAGGAAUGAUGGAAAUGUCAAAGUCAUCUUUCCUGCUACAGAAAUCCCUCAAAGCAAGAUGUCAUCACAGAGGAAACAGGUUGCGCCUGGUGACUAUGUUGCAGUUUUGAUAGAAGAAGCUAGUUCUCAGGUCCUCAAAGGUCAUCCAUUGUAUCAUUCAUCAUUAGUUAAUCAUCUGCGUGACAGUAGAGAGAAUACACAGAGAAAUACAGGCAUGGCUUAAAAGGAGAUCAAUGUUUUUCAGGUUUUGGAGGGAGAAAACAGAAAUUUGCAGUACAAGUUAUUUAACAAAGAGUGUGAGACCUGAUGUGAUAGGAUCUGAAGUGAACCUCAGCUGGGUACCAUAAUAAGAUGAUGACUUUUUGAGAUAAUGAGUUAUGCUUACAGUAAACAGAAGAGAAAAAAUUAUUGUGAAAGUGCAAACUCAAAUGUCAACUAAAUGAAAUAUGACUGCUGAUGAACUUUCUACAGAUAAAUAGCAGAUUGGAAUGAUAAUUAAUUUUCAUAGUUAAUACUUUUGCUCACUUCACCUCGAGUUUUUGUUUCUGUGUCUUGAACAUUAUUUUUGAGAAAAUAAGUAAAUGGUUUUAUCAGAA